ACCUCAUCUGCAAUUGCCGAUCGCUUGAACCUAGGCCUCACUGAUACGUCAGACAAUAACACCCAUACACACGGAACGGAGUAGCUAACCCCCCCACCAAAAAAAAUUUGCAGUCGGGAGAUGCUCUGUGUAUUCACAUGAGCUAGAAACGCCAUUGUCUUGACAGAAGGCAUGUAUUGGGCUAAAAGGCACUCUGCCCCGCCUUUUGGCCCAAUACAAAAUUCGACAACCAUGGGUACAUGUCAGAGCGGGAGAGGUGAUACUCCCUGCUGUUAAGUCGGCCACAUCCAAUGUUAAUAGAACAACCCACCCAGAUGGGUCGUCAAUCUUUGGCCUAUUAUGUCGCAUCCUACAGCGCUAGUGAUUGUGUGCCACUCUCAAAUAAAACGUCUCCUCUGAUCGGCACCUUCAUUUCCUCUGAUCGACACCUUCAUCUCCUCUGAUUGACACCUCCAUCUCGUGCACAUACCUGAUGCGUAAGGAACUACGGUGGGGAACUUGAUGGUGGCAUAGAGGACGUGGCACAAAUGAUACACAGCGACAACCGUGGAGGGCAUGAUAAGAAAGCUAUGUAUGUCCAGAUCCAAGUUCUUCACCUUCAUCUUCAUCGAAAUCGCAACUUGCACUCCUCACCAACGCCCGUCGGAGAGGUCUGAUUGAGCCUCGCGAACUAUCUCGAUUCACCAUGCCAGUAGCCCCAGCUGGUCGAGGACCUGAACUCCUUGCAACGGUUGGCUUGUUCGUCGCAUUAGGCACCAUCGCAAUUGUUUUACGAUGCUAUACUAGAAUAUUCAUUGUCAAAAGCUUUGGACUCGACGACUACUCUGCCGUCAUCGCUUGGAUUCUCUUCAUAUUCUACAGUACAUUUGCCAUCUCUGGCGUGCAUAACGGGACUGGCCAGCAUGUUGCUGAUAUCCCACAGGCGGUGCUCCCAGUGGGUUUGAAGUGGUGGUGGGCAUGUGAACCCGUCUACAUCUUGACCUCCAUGGCGCUCAAAUUCAGCAUUGGCGUUUUCUUGCUCCGAAUCGCCGUCGCCAGGACCCACAAAAUCAUCAUCUGGACCGUCAUCAUCGUCACUGAAGCCUACUCCACGUUUUUCUUCUUUCUUUUCGUCCUGCAGUGUCGUCCCUCAGCAUACUUCUGGACCCAGUACACCGGUGGAGAGGGCACCUGUAUUGACCCGAAGAUCACAGUCUAUACCUUCUACGCCUACUCAGCAAUCUCCUGUGUGGGGGACUGGACAUUCGGCAUCCUCCCUGCCUUCAUGGUCUGGAAUCUGCAAAUGAAUUUCCGCACCAAACUGUCCGUCGCCGCCAUUCUUGCCGUCGGUUGCAUUGCCUCAACCGCCACGAUCGUCCGCAUCCCAUUCAUUAGUGGCAUGGCCCAUAUCAACGACUUCCUCUACUCCACCAUGGACGUUGCGAUCUGGUCCACGGUUGAGGUCGGCAUCGGCAUCGUCGCCUCCGCUGCAGCGACCCUGCGCCCGCUCUUCCGCGUCUUCUUCGGCGGCAGCAUGGGCACAGGCGGUGGCAGCUCCGCCCCAGAGCUCUCGAACCAUUGGCCGAAAUCUGGCUACAUGCGCAGCAGAAGCACCACCGAGGCGUUUGCGCUUCGCAGCGAUAUUGGCAAGACCGGCGGCGUCACGACGGUCAUCGAGUGGGAUGUGCAUACGAAGAGGGGCCAAACCAAAAAGGGGUCGCAUGAUCGGAAUGUGGACCCUGGAGGGUGGAACAACAGUGAUGCCCAAUUAAGGGGGAACAGUAGUGAUGACGAGCCGACUUGGAGAGGGGGGAUUAUGAAGACGACUGGCAUGACGCAGACGACGCAUUAAGCUGAGAACGAAGACGAGUGUGUGCGAUGAUACCAUUUCUAUGCCAACUACUUCACUAAAUUUCAGAAUGACCUAAUAGGGAAAUUUAUAUUUAUAUGCAUAAUGAAAUUUCUUAGCUCAUUGAUGCCGAUAUCCUUCCUAGAACGCGCGGGGUGUGUUGGUGCGCAGACGCUAGCGAUGGGCUGAUACCUCCCACCCGCUCUGCAACCCAACUUCCCAGUCAUGCCGCUGGGGGGUCGUGGUCUGUUCCCAUGCACGUUUUAAGUAAGUCGAGGGGUGCAUGAUUCACGUUUACGAUUUCCAGAGAGCUUUGUGCGAAGAUUGCGAGCUCAUUAGCGCCUGGCUGUAUUAAUGGAGAAGGUUGGACGCUACCACCGUUUUUAGUAGUUCAACGCAAAUGGGUGAUUAAACCGAUGGGGAAAGGUUGGGAUUUUUGGUUUUGGCCCCUAUGCUAGUGGGGUUAAGGGCCAAGAACGCAACCACUGCACGACCCUAGACUCGGUACUUAUGUGCUCUUCCCCUCUUCCAGAUUCUUUGAAAUUCCAGCUCCGGAUAUCUCCGUAAAGUGAUUUUAGCACGUGAAACUGAC